AUGUCAGAACCCCAGGAACCGGACAGCUUCAACCCCUAUCAACAAAUAAGCAACGCAGACCCCCACAAGAACUCACGGCCCGGUUCUAUAGAUUCCUGGGAACGACCCCGCUCCCCAUCUUUAGUCACCAAAUGCUCCAUCUCACCUACCUCCCAGUAUUCGCAGCAUUCCCACCACCAUGUUCCUUCCAGCCCCACACUCACAACACACUCUGUACCCGAACCGGGCGUCGGCAAUCAACCAUAUCCCCCAAGCGCCGGCGCAGCCAUAGCUGAACGUGUCUGGCCUUCGCACCAAGAACCCGGUGGUCAUCGAACCGAGCCCACACUAGCACGAGGCAUCUGGUCGUCCGCUGGUAGCGGGUCAUCACAGUGGCUUCUCGCUAUCCAAGUCAUUCUGCAAUACGAGUUCACCAACCCUGAUCUACUGGAAGAGGCACUUGAGAGUCCGGGGUCAGGAGUGAACUGUGUUGGGAAGAGCCAUCGCCAUUUUUUGGAUGGGAAUCGAGGGCUAGCUAAUGUGGGAGAGAUGUUGAUGAAACUGGUAUUGGCAGACCAGUGUUAUCUCUUCAAGAUACCUGAGGGUGACGCGGGCAAUAUUCUCGACAGACUGAUUGGAAGAAAAAAUCUCGCCUACAUCUGUUGGAAAUCUCAGAUGGAGAAGUUUGUGAGACGGAAGAAGCCAUUGAGACCGACGAAGCGGAAGAAUAUAUUUUCGGUGGUGAAAGAUGACGCCUCGAGGGAGGAUCCUUCGAGGACAGCAGCUAGAGCGAUACGAGCUAUCAUCGGAGCGAUCUAUUAUGAUGGUGGAUUACAGGCGGCAAGGAGGGUUAUGGCAGAGCUGGGGCUGAUCAUUAAGCCUGAGUGCAAGGCUCGGGAGUUGAGUGAGAUACUUGCCGAGGAUGGGCAGCACGUGAUUGACCACCCACCCAUGCCAGCCAGCAGCUGUGUGAGGACAACGCUAAAAGGUUCGAGAGUCACUGCAACUCAAAUAGGGAAGAGAACCAGAGCUCCAUAA